AUGGGCCUGACCAUUACCACGGCGCUGAUUGCCCUGGUCGUCUGGCGACUGCUGUAUGAAUAUCGUCGCGACCGUGGCCUUCCUCCUGGCCCUCGUCGGCUGCCACUAAUUGGAAACCUUCACCAGGCACCGCAAGUGCUGCCCUGGCGCACCUUCGACGCCUGGUGUAAGCAAUAUGGUCCCAUCGUGAGCGCUCAGUUCGGGCGCCAGACCACCAUUUUCAUUUCAGACGGCGCCAUGGCGAAAGACCUCCUCGACAAACGCAGCAACAUCUACAGCGACCGGCCAUGGCUGGUCAUGGCCCGCGACAACGUCACCAAGGGCAUGCAUCUCUUGCUGCGUCCCUAUGACGACCGUUACAAACUUCACCAGAGAAUGGAGGCCCCCGUGCUCGCUCCCCGCGCCUCCUCCACAUAUCUCCCCAUCCAAGACCUCGAAAGCAAGCAGCUACUGCGCGACCUGCUUUCGUCCAAUGACUUCUCGCAUGCAUUCGAGCGCUACAGCAUCAGCCUCCUGUUCGCCCUCGCCUACGGCUUCCGUAUAGAGACAGGCACCGAGCCCGAGCUCGACUGGGCCCGUGAAGUCCAGGAUAACUUUGUCUUCGCCGCGCGAGUAGGCACCUGGAUCGUGGAUGCAAUUCCUAUUCUCAAUACCCUGCCGCCGCGCCUAGCGCCUUGGAAACGCGUCGCCGAAAAGCUGUACAAGGUUGAAUCCGAGGCGCACAUCAGGAACAUGAACCGCGGCCUUGCUAGCGAUUCCUGGAACUGGACCAAGGAGUUCUCGAAGUCCAAGCAGUCCAAGGAAAUGGACACCCUCGAAUUCGCAUACGACCUUGGUAUUUUGGCCAAUGCCGGCUUUGAGACUACCUCCGUCGCCAUGGGCAUAUUUGUUCUUGCCACCCAGGCGUAUCCGGCGUUCGUCGCCCGCGCCCAAGAGGAGCUCGACCGCGUAGUCGGGCACGAUCGACUGCCUGGCCCGGGGGAUAAGAACCAUCUCCCAUACAUCCAGGCCGUGGUGGAGGAGACGCUGCGAUGGCGACCGCUCGCACCCCAGGGCGUUCCUCAUGCCACAACGCAAGAAGACACCUACGGCGGAUAUCGAAUCCCCAAGGGGGCUACUAUCGUUCCCUUGUUCUGGUCCAUGUGCCAGGAUGGGAGCCACUACGAACGGCCGCUCGAGUUCCUCCCCGAGCGGUGGCUGGCCCCGUCGGACGAUCCCGACCGGUUCACCAAUUAUUUUGGUUUCGGCCGUCGCAUCUGCACCGGGCGUCACAUUGCCAAAAACUCGCUCUUCAUGCUUAUUACUCGCAUUCUUUGGGGAUUCAACAUUUCUCGGCCCCGGGGUCCGGAGGGUAAGCCUGUUCCCGUGGAUGAUCUCGCGUUUGGCUCGGGGUUCGUAUCGUCUCCAGACCCGUUCCAGGUGGUUUUUGAGCCGCGAAGCGAGCAUGCUCGGGAGGUGAUGGAGAGCGAGUGGGAGCUGACAGAGAAGGACCUCAGUGUGUUGAUGAAUGGGGUUAAGGAGCAUCAAAAGUCUCUGGGACUGGAGAUACGCGCGUAG